CUGAACAGAGCUGAUUAGCCUUGUGUUGAUCACAUGCACCCUCUCAAAAAAAACCCCCAAAAAACUCUCUAGCAAUUCACACCAAACAGAGCAUGUGCAGAGUACCUCCUAGGGCUCUUUGGCCCUGUGACGAUAUGUGUUAUGGACACUGGAAGAAGGGGAGGAUCAGAGAAGUCAGAAUCAAACAGCAUUUAAACAAUGCAGAAGAUUAACCCCUUAAGUUCCACAGUUGGUAUAACAGGGAUGCUUUACCAAAUUUACAGACUGAUUUUACUCUUUUGGGUUUUGUAACACUU